CCGUCUGGUUGCUCAAAGAGUCUGCAGAGAAAGACAGUUGAAUGCAGCCUCCGAUGUGCACAAAAGAAUGGGUUUCCAUUCGAGGUGGGUACUGGUGGGACCUGCACCAGCGGCGCUCUGUGUGAUCGGCAUGCUGCUGAGUGCGCUCCCUGCGUCAUGCACGACCUGCCCGCAGAAAUGCCGCUGUGAGGACCUGCAGUUUUACUGCGACACGCAGGGCCUGCAGGCGCCCCCGGACGGCGUGGACAGGGGGGCCCUGGGGCUCUCGCUGCGUCACAACAGCAUCAGCGAGCUGAGCCCCGACCAGUUCUACGGCUUCGGCCAGCUCACCUGGCUGCACCUGGACCACAACCAGAUCACGGCGGUGCGGGAGGACGCCUUCCAGGGGCUCUACAAGCUCAAGGACCUCAACCUGAGCUCCAACCGCAUCGCCCGCCUGCCCAACACCACCUUCAUCCACCUCAUCAACCUCCAGAUCCUGGACCUGUCCUUCAACCAGCUGGCGGCCCUGGAGCCCGAGCUUUUCCACGGACUGCGCAAGCUGCAGAUCCUCCACCUGCGCUCCAACUCGCUGCGCACCACGCCCGUGCGGGCCUUCUGGGACUGCCGCAGCCUGGAGUACCUGGGCCUGAGCAACAACCGGCUGCGGAGCCUGGCCCGCAACGGCUUCGCCGGCCUGGUCAAGCUGCGCGAGCUCCACCUGGAGCACAACCAGCUCACCAAGAUCAACCUGGCCCACUUCCCGCGGCUGGUCGCCCUGCAGUUCCUCUACCUGCAGUGGAACAAGAUCAGCAACCUGACCUGCGGCGGCAUGGAGUGGAGCUGGAGCACGCUGGAGAAGCUGGACCUGACCGGGAACGAGAUCCGCGCCCUCACGCCCGACGUGUUCCAGAUCCUGCCCAGCCUCAAGGUCCUGCUGUUGGAUAACAACAAGCUGACCAGCCUGGACACCCAGACCCUGGAUACAUGGCGGUCGCUGGGCACCAUCGGCCUCUCCAGCAACCUGUGGGAAUGUACCAAACGGAUCUGCUCGCUGGCCGCUUGGCUGAGCACCUUCCGGGGCCGCUGGGAGCACUCCAUCCUGUGCCACAGUCCCGAGUACGCCCAAGGCGAGGAAAUACUGGAUGCCGUUUACGGGUUCCAGCUUUGCCAGAAUUUUUCCGCCCCGGUCGCGCCAACCACCUCCGUGUACGAGGCCACGCCCCCGCAGGAGGCCACCAGCUCCUUGUUUGGAAUUAUGCAGACCCCCACGCAGGACUUCUAUGCAGAGGAUUUUGGGAGCUUUACUACCGUUACCGCCACCCCCGCCACCACCACCACCACCGCGACCCCCACCCCCCGCACCAGCCGUGCCGCCUCCACCACGACGGGGGGCGCGGCCGUGACGGAGGAGGAGGAGGAGAACUUCUCGGAGCAGGACAACACGGUGCUCACCCAGCGGGUGAUCAUCGGCACCAUGGCCCUGCUCUUCUCCUUCUUCCUCAUCAUUUUCGGGGUGUACAUCUCGCGCAAGUGCUGCCCCCCGACCCUGAGGCGGAUCCGGCACUGCUCGGCCAUUCAGAACCGCCGGCAGAUGAGGACCCAGGCGCGGCAGCCAAUGGCAGACCUGGCCACCCAGGUGCCCUAUAACGAGUACGAGCCGAGCCACGAGGAGGGCGCGCUUGUUAUCAUCAACGGGUACGGGCAGUGCAAAUGCCAGCAGCUGCCUUACAAAGAGUGUGAAGUAUGAACUCUAUUUAUUCUUGCACCUCAUGGUUUGCCAUUCACCCAUUCCAAUCGAAACAGGGUUUGUUUGUUCGUUUCGUUCGUUAUUUUCCGGUUUAUACAAAAAAAAAAAAAAAAAAAGAAAAAGAAAUAUACAAGCAAAAUUCCUGCUCCUUAGCUUUGAAACUGACGUGGGUUUUGAGUGCUGAUGAGACUGGGGUGAAAUUGAGAGGGGCAAGCCCUAACAAUUUUGUCACUGUCAGAUUUCCAGAGAAAAAAAAUGUAACUUUAAGUUAACAGAUGUAAAGAAUUAUUCACAAAUUUAUUUUUGUAAUAUGAAUACAGAGUCCGUAUCAAGCUGGGGGAAACCGCUCUCAAUUGAAAAGGUAGAGUCAGAUUUAUCACUCAUUCAGGCAAUUUUGCAGCACAGAGGAUGACAAAUAAAAAUUCAGGCUUACAAAAAAAAAUAAAAAAAGGGAAAAACAUGUUCUAGAAAGUUGUGCGUUGGAUAUCUGUUCAAGGGGUAACUCUGCCCUCUUCUGAUAGACAGGGAAAUGUAAUUUCCAGCAUUGCGUGGACAUGUCUGCCCUUCUUUAAAAGAGAAACCUUGAUUAAAGUGCAGCUUUUGUGUGAUGCACAAUAGGCAAUAUUUUGACUCCCAAUCACAGCACACCUUAAAAUCUUCACAUUUUCUUUGAAUAAUUUUAGAAAAUAAAUAUUGUGUAGAUGUAACAUUUACAGGCUUAUGUGCCCCAGUUACUUAGCUGCUAGGUGGGAGGAACAAUGACACCCAUUCAUUCACUAUCGGAGGAAUUUCCCAUUCCGCAUGUACAAUUAGGGGGAAAAAAAAAGCAAUGGCCUUCAAGUUUCAGAAUCCGACUUCCUUCAAUAAACUCCAUUACCUCUUAUUAAAUGUGAAAACUGAGCUCUGGUGUCUGAAAAGGUUAAUCACCGAUAUGCUGCAACGCUCCCUCUGCCAAGGCGGCGAGACCACGGCUGAGUAAUGGAGUGUAGCAUUUACGGGGCGGCAGACCCAAACGCGAGCCGAGCGCGCCCUGACGCCGACGUCUUGGCCGCGGCGGCGUUCGCUUCCUUCCCCGAUAACAUCGCGAGCAGAGCAACCGGCAGAACGCUGGUUUCCCUUCCAUCAUAGAUCGAGGCUACAAAUGUCUUCUCUGCUGUGGUGCAUUUAAUGGGAGCACUAGCCAGGACAGCACUUUUGUGAAGGAAGAAGGGGGGAGAAAAAAAAAAAAAAAGGCCCUGUAAUUGGCCAGAAUGCUUCAUACCCGGAACCCAGCGGCGGGUGGCGCCGAUGCAGCAGAGAAUGUAAUCAUAUCUGACAGACUCAAGAUUGAGCCAAUUAAGGCUGGAGGAAAAAUAUAUAUUAAUACUCUGUCACCCACACCACUGCUCCAGCAAAAGAUUUAGUGCUCCUGGCCGUUCAGAAGAAGCACGCUCAUAUGUCCUGGCUCUCAGCAUCCCUCCGAUGAGAGAGAGAGAGAGAGAGAGA